AUGGUUAAGCACUGGCUCGGGCGUUCUGCGCCGGCGGCGGCACCUUCUCUGGGUCUCACCGAGUGGCAAUCGUCGCGCAAUGAGUCGAAGGUCGCAGGUAUCGUUGUCGAAGGCAAAUCCUUCGCGCUCCACACAGAACACUCAUCUUACCGCUUCCACGUCGACGAGGAGACAGGUGACCUCUUUUCCGACCACUUUGGCGGCCCCGCCAUCGAGACUGUUGAGACAGAAGCGCCCCUUGUCAAUGGUUGGAACAGCAUGCAGGACCGUGUCCAGCGCGAGUAUCCGGACCUUGGUCGUGGCGAUUUCCGUGUCCCCGCCAUACAAGUCCACCAGGCCGACGGCUCCACCGUCAGUGAUCUCCGAUACCAAUCUCACAAGGUUGUUCCUGGCAAGCCGGAACUGGAAGGUCUUCCAUCGACUUUCGGAACCGACGAGGAGGUCUCGACCCUGAUAAUUACUCUCCACGACAGCAUCAACUCAAUCGCCGUCGACCUCUCGUACUCAGUCUUUAUCAAGCACGAUGCUGUUGUCCGAAGCACCAAGAUAACAAACAACGGCCAGGGUGCCAUUACGAUUGACAAGGCUGCGAGUCUCAGCAUCGACUUUCCUUACGAAGAGAUGGAAAUGAUCCAGCUAAGAGGAGACUGGUUCCGCGAAGCCGUGAGAACGCGCCGCAAAAUCGAGUACGGCCAACAGGGCUUUGGCAGCCGAACCGGUUACUCCUCGCACCUACACAACCCCUUCCUCGCCCUCGUGGCGCCUGACACAACUGAAUCGCAUGGUGAUGCUUGGGGGUUCUCGCUCGUCUACUCCGGGUCCUUCUCCGCGGAGGUGGAGAAGGGCUCCCAGGGUAUGACGCGCGCCAUGCUCGGCUUCAACCCGAGUCAACUGUCAUGGCCGCUGGCUCCCGGUGAGUCGCUGACAACGCCCGAAGUCGUCGCCGCCUACUCCAGCGCUGGUGUUGGUGGUGUUUCUCGCAUUUUCCACCGACUAUAUCGUACGAACCUCAUCAAGAGCAAGUUUGCCACUAAAACGCGACCUGUUAAGCUCAACAGCUGGGAAGGCCUCUACUUUGAUUUUGAUCAAGACACCAUCUACAAGCUAGCCAGCGACGCUGCGGAUCUCGGCGCCAAGCUCUUUGUGCUCGACGAUGGCUGGUUUGGCAACGAACAUCCUCGCAUCAACGAUGCCGCCGGCCUAGGUGACUGGCAAACCAAUAUGCAGCGAUUCCCUGAUACGCUGCCAACCCUCGUCAAGCGAAUUACCGAUCUCAAGGUUGCCGACUCGCCCGAUAAACUGCAGUUUGGUAUCUGGGUCGAGCCUGAGAUGGUCAAUCCCAGCUCGACUCUUUACCAGGAGCAUCCCGAAUGGGUCCUCCAUGCUGGCGACUACCCGCGCACAACUCAGCGAAACCAGCUCGUCCUCAAUGCCGCCCUUCCUGAAGUCCAGAAGUUCAUCAUCGACACCCUUUCUGAGCUUCUGUCCAGCGCUCCGAUCACCUAUGUCAAAUGGGACAGCAACAGGGGCAUUCACGAGGGCGCUACACCGUCGGCUCACCACACCAAUAUUUUGGGCAUGUAUCACGUGUACGACGUCCUCAUGAAACGAUUUCCCGACGUACUGUGGGAGGGCUGCGCUUCUGGAGGCGGUCGUUUCGACCCCGGCAUGCUACAGUACUUCCCUCAGAUCUGGACUUCUGACAACACCGACGCUCUCGAUCGUAUCUCCAUCCAAUUCGGCACGUCCCUCGUCUACCCUGCUUCGGCAAUGGGUGCUCACGUGUCUGCCGUACCCAACGAGAUCACAAAUCGUAUCACACCCAUCAAAUUCCGCGCUCACGUUGCCAUGAUGGGUGGCUCAUUUGGCCUGGAGCUCAACCCCCCCAAGAUCUCCACCGAAGAUCGAGCUCAGAUCCCUGGCCUCCUUGCCCUCAGCGAAAAGGUCAGCCCCAUUGUUAUCAACGGCGACAUGUGGCGUCUGAACUUACCUGAAGAGUCCAACUGGCCGGCUGCACUCUUCAUCUCGGAGAACGGUGCCGAGGCUGUACUGUUCUACUUCCAGGUGCGUGCUCAGUUCAACCACGCAUCGCCGUGGAUCCGACUGCAGGGACUUGAGCCCAGCGCACGGUACACCAUCGAUGGAGCCAAGACUUACACGGGCGCCACGCUCAUGAGCAAGGGCCUGCAGUAUGUCUUCAGUGGGGACUAUGACAGCCGCGUCGUUUUUAUUACCAGGGUUUGA